AUGAGUGGAUGUAGAAUUGUGGCCCUGGGUGCUUUAUCGGGUUUGGCCACCUUUGAUGAUCUACAUGAAACUCAGAACUCUGCAUCAGCCACAGAUGAACUUUCUGCAACUUCAUUUAUAGAAUAUCCAAAGAACAAGCCAUUUAUUAAUUCAGAUUUGCUGCGUUCCCCACAGAAACCAGUAAUUCCAUAUCCUGAAAGCAACAGCAGAGCAAUAUUUUCUGCUCUGAAGAAUCUCCAGGAAAAAAUUAGUCGGCUGGAGUUGGAACGGCUUCAGGCAGAGGAGAAUGUAAAACACCUCAGCAGGGAAACAGCAGACUAUAAAAACGUCCUGAGUGAACAAAUGCAACACAAAGAGCGUGACAAGACUGAAGUGUCAAAGAAAAAUCAAGAACUGGCUUCUCAGCUGGCAGCUGCUGAGUCGCGGUGCAGCCUUUUAGAGAAACAGCUGGACUACAUGAGAAAAAUGAUCCAGCAUGCAGAAAAUGAGAAGUCGCAUCUCUUGGAGAAACAGGGUUCAUUGGAGAGGGAUCGGCUUCUUGAUCAUUCACAUGUUCAGUCUAAAUUGGAAAAGCUGGAUAUGCUGGAAAAAGAGUACAGCAGACUUACUACGAUGCAAUCCAUAGCAGAGAAAAAAAUGAAAGAGCUGGAACAGAAGCUUCAGGAGGAAGAACACGCGAGGAAGCUUGUUCAGGAAAAAGCAGCUGAGCUGCAGACAGGCCUGGAAACCAACAGACUGCUGAUUCAAGCAGCAUCACCGUUGCUCUCUCCAAAACCAAGAAAACCCAGGAAAACUAAGCAGCCAGAGAAGAAAUGCUCUCUUACAAGCUGCCUCGCUGCGCAACCCCAUUACAGACUGUGUCUGGGUGAUGUGCCCUUCGUGGCUGGGAAGUCUACCAGUCCCAGUCAUUCAGUUGGUGCCAACGUGCAACAUGUCCUACACCUGAUGAAACAACACACGAAAGCUUUGUGUAACAGUCGGGUGGUGAAUGAUACUCCGCUAGCAAAACCCAUCAGUGCCAGUCACCCUGCCAGCAAAAGCAGAAAGUCAUCUCUGCCAAAGGACUCCUCUUCAUCCCAGGAAGAGCUCUCAGAAGUGUUGCUGACUUUACAAGAUGAAUUUGGACAGAUGAGUUUUGAUCACCAGCAGCUGUCAAAGCUUGUCCAGGAAGCUCCAACCGUUGCAGUGAGGGAAGAUCUGGAGAGGGAACUUGAGGCGCUGGUGGAAAAGAUGGAAGCGAAGGCAGACCAGAUCAGCAAAGUCCGGAGGCAUCGGUUGCAGCUAGAGAGACUUAAGAGAGAAUCCAAGUCCAAAAAGACUUCUGCUAAACAAAUAAAAGACGGCAGGUUCCCUGUCAGUGAGGUUAAAGUAACAACUACAGUAACCACGAAAGGAAAGAAUGCCGGUCCCAUCAAAGUGAAGCCUGGAGAGAAGAGUCGGAAGAAUCUUCAGUUGUUGAGAGACAUGCAGACCAUACAGACAUCGCUACAGAAAGAUGAUAUCAGCUGGGACUACUGA